AUGGCGAGACUAUUCGAGCUCGGCACCGCCCUCGUGGCGGCCGCCUUUGCCAUCACGUCGGCGUCCGCGAUGAUCCUGGCACCGCGGGCCGCAGCCGUCUUCGAGGCCGAGGACGCGGCCCUGACGGGCACCAACGUCCUCAUGGAGCUCAAGGGCUUCUCGGGCAAGGGUUACGUCGGCGGCUUCGACGCCGACGGCGACAAGAUCACCUUCACGGUGCCCAGCGACGACGCCAAGCUGUACAACCUCAACAUCCGCUACGCCGGCAUCUACGGCGAGAAGCGCGCGAUGCUGAGGUACAACGGCGGCUCCGACACGGAGAUCCUACUCAAGGCCACGAGCGCGUGGGAGACGGUGUCGGGAGGCCAGGUGCUGCUGAACAAGGGCGAGAACAAGAUUGAGAUUCUCAACAACUGGGGAUGGUUCCUCAUCGACUACAUCAGCAUCGAGGCCACCACCCCGCGCGGCCCGCACGACGUCAACGCCGGCCUGAACAACGCCAAGGCCACCACCGAGGCCAAGGCGCUGUACUCGUACCUCCGGUCCAUCUACGGCAAGAAGAUCCUGUCGGGCCAGCAGGACCUCAAGUGGGCCGACUACGUGACGCAGCAGACGGGCAAGACGCCGGCCCUGGUCGCCGUCGACCUGAUGGACUACACGCCCUCGCGCGUCGAGCACGGCACCAAGGGCGCCGCCGUCGAGGAGGCGCUCGCGCACCACGCCAGGGGCGGCAUCGUCUCCGUCCUCUGGCACUGGAACGCGCCGGCGGGGUUGUACAACACGGCCGAGCAGCCGUGGUACAGCGGCUUCUACACGCGCGCGACCGACUUUGACGUCUCGGCCGCCAUGGCCGACACGGCAAACGCAAACUACACGCUCCUCGUGCGCGACGUCGACGCCAUCGCCGUCCAGCUCAAGAAGCUGAGGAACGCGGGCGUCGCCGUGCUCUGGCGCCCGCUGCACGAGGCCGAGGGCGCCUGGUUCUGGUGGGGCGCCAAGGGGCCCGAGCCGUGCAAGAAGCUGUGGGCCAUGGUGCACGACCGCCUGACCAACCACCACGGCCUCGACAACCUGAUCUGGGUGUGGAACUCGGCCCUGCCCGAGUGGUACCCCGGUGACGAGACGGUCGACAUCCUCAGCGCCGACGUCUACGCCAAAGGAAACGGGCCCAUGUCCCUGCAGUACAACGAGCUCGUCACACUCGGCAAGGACAAGAAACUCAUCGCGGCCGCCGAGGUCGGCUCCGUCCCCAAGCCGGAGCUGCUCAAGGCCUACCAAGCCCACUGGCUCUGGUUCUGCGUCUGGGAGGACCAGUACAUCAACAACAAGGACUGGAACGACCCGGCCCUCCUCAAGGCCGUCUACAAUGACGACUACGUCUUGACCCUGGACAAAAUCCAGGGCUGGGCCAAGUCUGGUGGUGCCAAAUAG